UUCAAUCUAAACAUUUCAAUAUUAUAAAAACGAAAACAAAACAAUUUAUAUGGGCUUUCUCCCAACAGAAUUUUUAUCAUAAUCAACAUAUUCCACUGAAGUAUUAUGUUUCAGCUGUAUUUUCUGAGGGAAAAGUUUCAUAAAAAAUGUCAAUCAAUUUUAUUCAGACCUUUUUAGAAUAUUGAGUGCAUGUACAGUAAAACCUGUAGAAACAGAUUAGCGUACACAUCUGUGCAAAUGUACAAAUGAGAUUUUAUGGCUGAUCACCUUAAUUCAAAUCACAUUGUACGGCCAGCAUUUACUCUGAAGAAGUUUAUCCAAUAUUACUUCUCCAGAGAGGCAACAGUUGCUGGACAGCAAUCAAGAUCAGUCCCAAAAAACACCCCAUAAAAUGUUAAUGUCAUAUGAUUUUUAAGCGUUUCAUGGGACCCCCUGGCUUAAAUGCCUUCAAAUUUGGACUAAUAAUUCUAUGAGGACCAGUAAUUUUAAAGCCCAUGUGAAUAAAUAUAUGGACCUUAGAGAGCUUAGAAAAAUGGGCUGUUAGACAGCAAAGUAGUCUCAGUCUUACAGUGGUGUUACAUUGUGCUAUAAUGCAGGACUUCUGUCUCAGGCAGAAACUAAUCCCUUUCACCAAUGCUGUAUUCACUUCUAAAAAGGAAAAAUAUAAGGGGUAUUGUUUCAGCAUCAGUUAUCCCUAUAGGAACUGGGUUAGGCUAAAGAGAUCAAUAUGCUUUAAACACUAUUGGAGUCAAUGUAUUAUAUAGGAAUAAGUCCUAUAGAAUUGCAUAUGAGGUACAUAGUGAAACGGUCACUUAAAACCAGCUUCUUCCACUCUUCUCCCAGCUGAAACGGGCCUGUAUUAAAUAUUAACAAACUUUGUCCAUCAGUUCCCUGGGCCUCUUUUAACAACAGAUUUUAUUACAACAGCUUCUCUCCCUCCUGCGUUUCUUUUAUCAGCAUUGUCAAUUGUGAAACCGAAGACUCUAUUUCCUGUAAUUCUGUCUGCACUGCCUCAUUGUUUCUCCUGCUGCGCACUUGCUCUGUACCUUUUCUUCUCUCUCAUUGGGACCCCAGAUGCUGUCUAUCUGCCUUUGGCCCUUGUAGGCAAUUGUACUGCUCCUUGCAAUUGCGUGAUGGAAAUAUAUUAAAGGGGAGGGAGAAGAACAGAGUGCAACAAAAACACAAAGCAAGACAGCUUCUGAGGUAGAAGGGGAAGACAGAAGAGCAGGUGAAAAGGUGAUGACCAUGGCUAGUAAAUCCAGAGAUUUGUCUCGAGUAACCUUCCAGGGUCCAGAGAAGCCUGGGGAAGAAUCAUCCCACAAGAAACUGAGCAAGCUAACAGUUAAGUACAACCGCAAAGACCUUCAACGCCGACUAGACCUGGAGGAGUGGGUUGAUGCCCAGUUGCAGGAGCUUUACCAUUACCAGCUGCAGGAGGAAGCAGAAGCAGCAACCCUAGAACCAGACAUUGAUAUUGAAGAUCUUCUAGAAGUCUCCAAUGAAGAACAGAAAUCAAAACUACAGGAAAUUCUUCAUGAGUGUUCCAGACCUACUGAGGACUUCAUUACAGAACUGCUCAUCCGACUGCAAGGUCUCAGGAAAAUCCCACAAAAGAAAUGAUCCAUCUUGAGAAACGCCCUCCUUCCCCGGUAUCACUCACGUGGAAGCAGACAUCUCCUCAGCUAAGAGAAUCAGAUUCAUGCAGGAAGAUAAUUUUACAGUUUUUCUAGGACUCAAUGGCCUGAGAGCCAUCUUAGAUAUUUUCAGCAUCACCAGAGACAAAGUGCUGCCUCCAUCCCCAUUCCAUAUGUAUGUUCACAGGGGUGCAUGUAUCUUGCUGAUAUUUAAAGAGCUAUUGCUCUGGGGGAGAACCCAGUACAAAUCCCCUUCUUUUUCUCAAUUUUUUUGAAGGAACCUCUUUUCUGGCUGCAGGAGCAUUGGAUGUUGCUCCCUUUGGAGAGCCUUAGGGCUGUGCCUGCUGCCCAGUGUCUGAUGGGAGAAAGAAGGCAGUGGCUAUUAUCCACCCUUCACCAGGGACACAGAGUUGUUACUUCCAGCUCCUGCCUAUUUGUGACUCCAAGCACAGGCCUCCAUCCUGGCUCUACGCCAGCACAUGGACAAAUUUUUCUGCUCACAAAAAAAUUAAUCAUCUCUCCCAGGUGGAAAAUGAGGCAGAAAAUACCCUCCCUGGAGCUUUUCUGUCUGUCUUAGUGCAUGACCCUCAGGUUAAUUAAUUUUUAUGGUGCAUGGCACUUUUCAUGAGCUAACAGCACCUCUGAAAAGAAUAUGAGGAUCUGCAAGGGAUUUUUUUAAAGGACUUCAUAGCUGCCCGCGUAAGGGCAUUUGAAAGAUGCUCACUUUGUACAGUAAAAUGCAUAGAAAUCCAGACCUGCUUGUGACGACGGGUGGGGAGGGAAGGGGGUUGUUCUGCAUUCAGAGGAAAUGCAGCAAGAGAAGAAAAAUCUAAUUAAAAGCCCAUCAACUGCUGACUCAGUGAUCUUUUCAUUGGGCUAUCUUGGAGUCAUUCCCAGGGAGGGAGGGAGAGACUGAGCAACCCAAAGGGGAUGUAGGAGAAGCUGUAUGCCUCCAUACCAUGUCUUCUAGCUAUAGCAAAGCUCAGAAACCACAUCCAGAGAGACAAUAACUUGGCAAGAGCUGAGUGGUAAUAAGAUGAUAAAUGAAGGAGAGUCACUUGGAUUUGGAGGACUCCCUCAGGGUAGAAAAGAGUCUUAGGUCCUCCUCCCCCCACACAGACACUCCAGAGCUGAAG